CCAAACAUCCGCCAAGCAACUAAAGCAGACAAUCGGAGUAUUAAUUAAACGCAGUUGCGAUUUUCUACUUUUUUUCGCGGUCAUAAUGUCUGAUGAGGAAGAGGACUAUAUGUCAGAUGCAUUCCUGAGUAAAAUGCAAGAUGUGAAGCCGGGUGUCAGCAUGGUGAGGCGGGUAAAAGAAGCGCUAAAGAAGGAGACGCAGCAAAAGGAGACGAACGUCAAGAACCGUCAGAAGACGUAUAAAGAACAGGAGAAGGAAAGUAGAGAGGCAGCUUUAGAAAACUCCCUUUGCAAUGCGAACAAGGGAUACGCACUUCUGCAAAAAAUGGGUUACAAAGCUGGUCAAGGCCUCGGGAAGGCGGGGGCAGGACGGGUUGAUCCAAUUCCUCUAAAUAUCAAAACUGACAGAGGUGGCAUUGGAAUGGAAGGGGUGAAGAAAAGAAAAGCCGAGCAGGAACUUGAAAAUUAUCGUCAGAAAACACGUGCUAAACAACAGAAUGAGACGAAGUCUCUAGAAGAUUUUAGGUCGCGAGUAAGGACAGAGAGAGAGGAGCGAAAGAUUGAAGGAGAUCUUAGAAGGAGUCAGAGGGCCUGUGAGCAUCUUGACAGUCAGAAGGGCAUCACUGUCCCCAGGGAAGAUUGGUACUGGCCAAAAGCAGAGACUGAGGAGGAAGAGGAGGAGGAGGAGGAGGAAGAAGAAGAGGAGGAGAAGGAGGAGGAGGAGAAGGAGGAAAAGGAGAAGAAGGAGGAGGAAGAGGAGAUUGUGGAAUUAACCACCUUUGACAAAUUGCAAAUUAUUACAUCCUAUCUGAGAGGAAUACACUUUUACUGCAUAUGGUGUGGAACCACCUACAACGAUGAAGAGGACUUGUGCUCCAACUGUCCUGGGGAUACAGCAGCAGACCACGAUUGAACACGAUAAAAAGAAAUAUGCUCGGUGGUUCCCAGUGAAAGAGCAGUUACCUUUUACAGUGGGCUGAUCACACUUGGCUUUGAUAAACAGUGAUGGCAAUAAGGUGAUCUAAAAGUGGAUAAAUAUGUAUUUAUCAUCCUAAUUGAAAUCCUUUGUCUCUGGAAGAUCGUAGCUGUUUAUAUAGUUGCCAGCCCUACAUUUUCUUUACAUUCAGGAAUUAUGAGGGAAAUGUAGGUCAACCGUGAUGUAUAUAUUUUUCCAAAGAUUUUUUUUAGACAUGUUUCAAGAGCGAUUGCAUAUCUGUGUUUUCAUUAAACAUUUAAAUAAUUAUA